AUGAACGCAUUAUUCAAAAUAUUUAUUAUUAUUAGCAUUAAUGUUGGUAUUUUAAUUUCUCAAUGCAAUUCAAUUGACAAUGCUUCACUUCCACGCGAUGGAAGCAAUGGCGUUUUGGUCGGAGAAAAAAUUUAUUAUAUUGGUGGUAGAACAGCAUCACCUCAAAAAGUCAAUACAUUUCUAUUGAGUUUAUCAUCAGACUUUACAGCAACUGAUCCGAAUUUUGUUCAAGUUUCUGGACUUGAAAAUAUGCCAUUACCUGUCUGGACUGCGGCUUGUCUAGAAAAAGAUAACACGAUUUAUAUAUUUGGCGGAACUGUUGCAUCACAACCAUCAUUACCCAAAGCAAACACACUAUACAAAAUAAAGCCAACAUCCAAUGACACUUUUCUUAAUUGGACAACGUCUUCACCAAGCCAAGGAGACAACACAUGGCCAAGUGCACGAGAUGGAAUAAUUCCAAUUAUUGAUAAUGAUUCGAGAAUUUUCGUAUGGGGUGGGCGUAACGAUGGCCAAGAUAAUAAAACAACGUACAUGUUUGAAGCGAAUAAAUGGAGCAAUUUGGGAAAUGGACCGAAUCCAAGAUCAUCUUAUUCGGCUACAUUAUUAAAUGAUGGCGAAAUUGUUUAUAUUGGCGGAAUUAGCAGAAGUCCAUAUCCAGAUGUUAAAUUUUUAGAGGUAUCUACAAGUGACAAACAGAUAAAAAAUCGAUUUGGACAUUCUGCAUUACUUCAUUUGGAUUCCAUUUCUAUUAUUAUGUAUGGAGGACUUUACUAUCCCAUCGAAGAGAUCCCUGAUUCUGACUCGGUGUGGAUAUUGAAUACCAAAAAUUGGACGUGGUCCCGGCAAUCAGUUCCUAGCUUACCUUCCAUUACUGUGACAAGAGAUCAUAGUGCAGUUAUGUAUAAUGGAUAUAUGAUUAUAGCUUUCGUUAACAAAAAUUAUUCGUAUACAUAUGAAGUAAAAGUUAUGGAUGUGGCGGAUUUAAACUCUUUGGCUUGGGUUCCUACUUACAAAGUAAGAAAAUUACCAAGUACCAGUUCAAAUUCAUCUGGCACAAAUACAAAUCCAUCUGGCACAAAUGUAAAUACUUCAACAACUACUGAUGGUACAAAGAAAUCUAAGCUUGGUUUAAUUCUUGGCGUUGCAAUCGGAGGUGCAAUUGUUGGUUGUCUCAUUGCUUUAACGUUAGUGGUAUUUUUUGUGCGUCGACAUAAACUUCAUUCUUCUACUGCUACCGAAGUCUCAAAUGUAAGAAUUUCGGAAUAUUCUGCACAUGAGCCAGUUUCUGCUAUUGUUUCAACCUAUAAUUCAGAUCCAAGUCGACCUAAUUCAGCAUAUCAACAAUAUAACACGAAUUUACCAUCAGCAAAUCAAUAUUCUCCGAAUUUAGCAGAAAUUCAAUCUGUUAAUCCAAAGCUACCAGCAAAUCAAUUUUCUCUGAAUUUAGCAGAAAUUCAAUCUGUCAAUCCCAAUCCACCAAGAAAUCAAUAUUCUCCAAAUCCAUCAGCAAAUCAAUAUUUAUAUUCAAAUAUGCAAACUAGAUAUCAAGAUGGUAACGGAAAUUGGAUUUAA